AUGGAUGUGUUUUCCGGACUACGCAGGAACAGCUCGACUCAGUUGCUCCAAGAUUACAUCGUGUUUGCAGCUGCGUUCAUCUUCGCUGGCUUUGCGAACAAAUGGACGAUGACUCCUCCACUGCUUCACAAGAUGAUCGCGUUUCAAGUCUGCCUCGGAGCUCUGCACACAGUACUGUCUGAUUCGACAUCGGUGAUCAUGAUGAUGCCACUCAAUGCGAUGCUUCGGCUCUCUGCAUCGUCGAUGCUUCUUUCGGAGCGAUUUGCAGUCAUCACCAAUGCUGUCGCCAGCAUGGUGCAGCUCAUCAGGUUCUUGUUUCGACAAGACGAGCUCAUCACUCUGUCACGACAGGAGAACUGGCUUCCCAUCAUUGUCAUUCUGGAACUAGGCACCAGCCUGAUGUCCUUGAUCCCAAUCGUGGUGCUGAAGUCGAGCUUUGCUGAGCAGCUGUCGACCCCUCCGGUGGAAGACACGAGCCAGUUCUUUCAGGAGCAGUCCGCCGCCAGACGAAUGCUCGCCGUCCUCUGCGAUGCCCAGGUCCUGCUCGGGCCAGAUCUGAAGAUCAUCUCCCACGACCGAGGCCUGGCUCAGCUGCUGAUGAGCAGCUGCUCGCCACUCGAAGGACGGGCCUUUGUGGAUUUUAUGGCGCCUCGUGACAUCCACCGCUUCAAAGCAUUCAUCGAAUCUGCAGUCAAGGUUGCUGCUGCCACAGGUCUAGAUGCCAGUCUUCACAAAUCUGUGACACGAAGGCCCUAUGUGCCACCUCCAACUUCCCUCCUCGUUCACAUCACAGACAGUCAUGGGCUACUGGUUGCGGUGGAGCUUUUUCACAUCUGUGUGCCAGGUCCGACUGGAGAGCGGGCCCACUUCAUUGGAAUCUCCGAGGCAGAGAGCAAUCGAUCAGCGACGGCAUCCAACUCAGACACAGGGUCAGCUAGCGUGCGCUCAUCACAUCGCACGCCACCGCCCACCACCUGCCGACACCUCGAAGACUCCGAGGAGGUCAUGACUCUCAAGACCUUGCAGCGACAGCAGGCAGCUGCCCGCUCGGGCGACGGCUUCUUCCAUCCCGAUUUUCAAGAAGAUGACGGACGCGACGGGAGGGAGUCGAUUGCUUCUUCGGCAUCCAGCGACUCUUCCAUAACUUCCGCCGCUGGCCUUCGCAAUGCAGCAUCGGCACCGGAGCUGGACUUCGCGGAGAUUUCCGUCGACCCCUUCUGUGACACCUUGUCCAUAUACAAGGCCGACUUCGUUUUUCGAGCUGGCAAAGCACGAGGAAGGCCUUCGCUUCUGGAAUGGUUGCGACCAGGAACAAGAAAGAAGUGCCAUUCCUCCAUCUGCCAUGCUGUAAAUCUCGUCUUCGCGCCACCUGGGAGCAAAGCUGAUGCAGCGAAGUCCAAGUACAGGUUGGAUCCCAUCACACUCCAACUCCCUUCUGGGAGGCAACCCUUGGCACUUAUCGCCCAAAACGUGGAGCUGCUACUGGACGAAGCAGCGGAGCGAGACUCCGCUGAAACGGUCUUGCAGAAGCGAGACGCACCUCUUCUGAUCAAGCUGCAACUCUCCGACAUCAUGGUGAAGCGGCUGGAUCGCCUUGGGGCAUCCAAGUCACAGAAACUGCGAGAACUUGAGGAGCUUGCAAAAGCAAAGGCAGAGAGGAUACGAGCGAGCUCCAUGGAGACUUGGAUGCAUAGCUUGCUUGCUCCCUCAGCCCUGUCAUGCGCUCUGCAGGGAGUCGGACGGAGGGUUUGA